UACCAGGAGAGGGCUUGGCCGGUGGUGUCAGCCAGAGGCGCGGGACGCCAGAAGAGACUGUGCGUGCCGGCUGCGGAGGAACGGAGGAGCCUGGCGGCAAGUCAGCACCCGGAGCCAGAAUAACAGCUGCAGGCAAGCUAGGAGAUGAACCAGUAGGAGCUCCCAGGGCGCAGGGAGGUCAAUGGACCUGGGAAGACCCAGAGAGAAGGCAGCCACGCUGGGAAGACCCAGAAAGAGGGGAGCCACGAGGAGGGGACCCAGAGAAAGGGCUACUGCUCUGGCAAGACCCAGAGAGAGGGCUGCUGCAAGGCAGAGAUCCAGAGAGAGGGCGACUGCGCUACAGAGACCCAGAGAGAGGGCAGCUGCUCCCAGGAGAUCCAGAGAGAGAAGGUCACGACAGCGGGAAACAGGAGAGGGAGUAGUGUUAAACCUGGGUAGGUGGAGUGGGGCCACAGAGCUGGGCCAGGUGGAGGAGGCUCUGUCAACAAGCAGAGGUAGAGGGGCUAUCUGUGCUCCAUAAGGAAGCCCAAUAGGGAUGGGGUGAGGCCUCUCUUGGGACUUAUUAAGUUUGUCUUUUGAGUUGUGAAGGGUGCUUUAUGUUCCCCCGUAUUAGAAGGGGUUGAGGUGGUGUGGAGGUAGGAAGACUGAGGGAGUGAGAGGUGGGCUCAUUUUUUGAGUAUUUAGGGGAGUGUACGGUCAGUCAUGGAAGCAACCAGGACCUGCCGGGCGGGGUAAAGGGCGAGGUGUAGGGGAAGAGGAGCCUCGCAGAAGACAUCAAAGAAGCAGGGGACCGACGAGGGCAACCGCGCCACAUGAAGCCCCACCCACUGAAAGAUUCAAAGUCGUGGCAGGAAAGAAGGGGCAGCUCACGGCACGUGUGAAGAUCUCCCGUAAGGCCACCUGCAAAGGCAGGGCGAGUACCAGCAAGCACUCGGAUUAAGGAAGCCCGAGUGACUAAAGGUAAAGAUGUAGAAAUAUCUAUGGUGAAGCACCUUAGAACGGGUUUGGAAGAUAAAUAUGAUAUAGUUGAAAAGUGGCUUUUGAAAGAUCUGGAAAUGAUUGAUGGAAAAGAAGCAGAUACUGAUAACCCCUAUUUUGAUAUGCACUUCGAGAAAGUCUACAAUUUGGAAGCAUAUAGCUGUGCAUCCAAAUAUGCAUUUGCACGAACACUGAACAACCUGAAUGAGAUGUACCUUAAACAGGACUUGAAGAUUGUGAACUUUGAUAUAGCCUACAUAAAUGAUAAUUGUUUCUGGUCAUCCAACAAUGGCGACUGUUUGGUACUUAUGAGGAUAUGUUUCUAUGCUUCCAACCUACUGUGCCUGUCUCUGUGUCCUAUGCCAUAAAGAUAGGUUUUAUAACCUUGAGGUGAUUAAUUGAUUCUCCAUAACCAGAUUCUCACAAAUCAUCUGAUAUAGAAGAUUGUAAGCGAUAUGCAGUAUCUGCUUUUUACUUUUAGAUAGUUACAAAAUAAUUUUUAUAUAAAUGAUUUAAUUAGUUAUUUCAAAAACAUGCCAGUUCUGUAAAUACUUAUUAGCAUACUUCCCUUUCAGCAUAUAACUACUAACAACUAAGUUAGGCAAAACUGCUCAUGAGCACAAAUGCUUAUAGGGGUACAAAUUAUUGUUCAUAAUGGCCCAAAAUAUUUCUAAACUAGUAUUACUAGUUAAUUUGUGCCUCAAAAGAAAGAAAAAGAGCAAAAAUUGUGUAUGUGAACCAUGCAAAAUUCAAUUCCAAGCGUGGUAAGAUGCAGGAUUCUUCUAGAAUAUAGAACAGUGGUGCUCAACCUUUUUACCCAGGGGGCCAGUUGGGCAGUGCUUGGUCAGUCCAAUCUGGUGCCUGGGGCAGGUGCAGUGGGCACCAUCCAGCCAUGUGGUAGAAGGUGGGGGCAGCCCAGCUCUACUGGGGGCUUUGGGAACAGGGUUUCUUAAGACUCACUCCUUCUCUGGUUCUGGAGCAACGGCUAACAAAAUGCUGUAGGUAUUAGCUAUUGUUUACAAUUUCUUUGUAAAAGUCAUGAGUUUUUAGAAAUAUAUGUUCAGAAUUUAUGUGCAACGGUUAUUCUAACAUGAAUCUUCGUUAUAAGGCUAUCCUAGAAAUGACUGGAAGUCAACUUCGUCCUAGGUCACAUAGGAUCCACUGAAAACCUUGACAGCUUCCCUUUAUUAGGUACCUAACUGAAAACAUCUUUAUAGAAAGAAAUACCGAAUUUAUAAAUGGAAUUUAUAAAACUUUUGUUCCUUGCAUAUACUACAUGCCAUUGGGAUAAUUUAAACCAGCGGUUGGCAACCUAUGACUUAUGGGCCUGAUCCAGCCCACGAAGAGAUGCGAUCUGGCCUGCAAAGGUUUGAUCUGGCCUGUGGCAGUGAUCAGCAGUGCAUGGCAACAUUCUGCAGUCAGGGGGAUUGGUAGCACAUGGUAAAUGGGGCAACCGAAUGGAACCACCUUACUGAAGUUGCCUCGUCUCACCAUGGUAGCCACUGUUUGUACAGGAAGGGCAAUUGGCAGCACACAGUAAUGUGUGCUGCCACGCAAACACAGGAGUUUGUGUGGCAGUAGCAGCUGCAGUGCAGGAUGGGGAGGCGGCAGAGUGCCCACCAGGUUUGGGAAACACUGGUGCAGAGCAACAUUCAGUGGCACAUGGCAGCAGGAAGAUGGAAAGGGCAGUGGCUGCGUUGCAACUGGCAGCUCACCUUAGGAUGAAGCCGUAUUAGUUUGGCUUGCCCUUUGUAGAAGGUUGCCAACCCCUGAUAUAAAUAAUACUGCAUGGUAAUGUAUGUUUAUGGCUUCAGAAAACAAUUUGCGCAGCAUCCAGGCUCUACAAAACCACCUAUAAUAGCCAGCAACCAAAACUGUUGUUAUGUGAUGUUACUCUUUUGGGCUGUUGUGCAAAUCAUAAUAUUUUCUAUCAUACUCUUAACAUCUGUGCCUACCAGACACACAAUUUGUUCUCUGAGUCAACAGACUCCCAUCAUUGAGAGUGUAGUGAAUCAAAAAGGAUUAAAGAUGUAAUAAUACUUACUGAAGGACAUUCCUUUUGCAGAUUGUAUUCUUGACCAAUAAUUUCUUGUAUUGUGUUUAGAAAUGAAUUGAAGGUAAAAAUAGAUACAUUUAUCCAUAAUGUCCAAAGAUACUGGAUAAGCUAUUUAUAUCUUUCUAUCAUUGUACUGUAUACCUAUUAAGAUGACUAUAACAAGAAAUAUAAAUGGCCUUGUAUUGCAUGUGUAAUAUAUGCAAUUAAAAUGUUUGACAUGUAAUUUGUUAAUGAUAUAAUACAUUAGCUGUUCCUAACUUUAUGUUCAAAUCAAGAGAGAGGAAAGGUUAGAAAACAUGGGAAGUUUCCAUUUAUAUUAUAUAAUAUUUAAUUGCCAAAAUUAGCAAUUAAAAAGAUAGCUGGGGGUUUGAUCUAGAGCUCACUGAAGUCAGUGGAAGGACUCCUCUUAAUUUCAUUGGUCCUUAGAUGAGGCCUCAAAUGAUGGCACACCUUCUGCCAUCUGUCUGAUCUGGUAGCACUAUCAAAUGAGAUGUAGGAGACUUUCACUCCACAGUCAGAAUGCAUUAUUCCAUUGAGAUACAGAAACAGAUAAAUUAUAAAUGGAAACAACCUGACAGGUCACAUAUCUCAUCUCUCUGCUAAUACAGACUUGCUCUCUACAGUACAAUUUCGGGUGCUAUAGAUGCAUGGAAUACUUUAAAAUUUGUCACCUGGUCUGUCAGUACUUCCCUUGGGAGACUUUUCCAAAAUCUAAUUAUCAGAGAGAAAGAAAUUACAAGCAUUUGCAAAAGAAGUCUCUCAGAGUACACGGUUAACAAAAAAGUCUUGGCAUCAUUCUUACAAAAGGCUUUGACAGUAGUGGCAACAGAGGAAAGAGGAGUUUAAGGGACAAAAACAUUGCUCCCCAAAAUGGUGCCUUACACCUUAUCUGGGCUACACUCAGAACACAGGAAUUUCCAUACACCAACCUAGCUGGUCUGGUGUCCAGGACCAGUUACUUCAGAGAAAGGUUAAGGAGCUGUAGUAAGUAGAUAUAAACAUGACAGAAAGAGCAAAAAAGAUUCAUGUAGCUGCUUGAGAAAUCAAGGUAGAAGGGAUUAUGUUCCAAAAGAGAUUUUUUUUGUCUUGAGGAGUAUCUCAUUUUUAACAUUUAAACUGUUAGAACUGAAAAUACAGAGACAUGAAAGGACUAUUUUAACAUCUGUUUAUAAUACAGUCUUCUUUCUUUCGGUCUAGACUUACAUUAUUAACAAAAGGUCAUAUUCCACCUUGCCAUAGAAAAUAUUUAAACAUCAACAUUCAGUCAUACAUGGGGACAGUUACACAAAUAGAUACACAAACUUAGGAAUGUUUCACUGAAGUCAGUGUUUCCAGGGUCAUUUAACCAGCUAAGAAACUUAUCGAUAUAUAUUAAAAUUGAAUACCUUUUUAUGUGCGUCUUUUCUGAUAACAAAGCUCUCUUUGUAUUUAAAAUUAUUUUAUUGUUAAGGUUGUAACUGAGUUUCCAUGAUAUGUUUCAUGAAAUUGCUGUUAUCUCCACUAAAAUUCACACACUAAAGAAUAUUUGCAGAGAACUGGAUUGUCUGGGUCUUGGAUUCAGCUAGAAUUUUUAUACCAAACUGAAAUUGAAAUGGAUAAUGGAAGAAUACAAAUAGCUGUUGCUAAAUUAUUUUAGGGUCUUGUUCCCCUUUACCCAUUUAGAUCACAUUUAUGCUGCUUCAUCUACCCUCCCAGUAUGGUCCAGAGCCCUCCCUGGCCUACUCUUCUUCCUAUUAUCUGGAUGUUCCCCACAUACACCCACUUGCAAAGUACAAACUUUUUUUUUCACAAUAUAGUCUAGUAUUGUAAAAUGUCAUUGUUUCUGUACCUUUGUGGUCCUAUAGCUCACCCUCCCUCCCUGACUGCAUCAUUCCUCCCAACCUGCCAUCCUGAAACCAAACUCCCUUGGACAUCAUGCACAACCUCAGCUUAUCUCUCUCAUGAUCUGCUUGCCUGAUAUGCUCCAGAAGCCUCUGUACAUGUAUCUCUGAACAUAAUUUGUGCAGUUACAACUGUCUCUCUCAGUUGCCUACAGUACUACAUUAAAGGUGGUUCUGCUGCUUCUUGAAUCAGGAAACCACCCAUGGGGCAGCCUGGCACUGGAAACAUGGCGGCAGUGGUGGGGUGUCACCUGACCGCUCUUGUAGCCUACCAGUUGCAAAUCACUAUACUGCAUAAGUAUGGGACAUAAUAUCUCAAGAAGCAGGGUGAAACUUGUUAAAAAAAGCAAAUUUAAGGCCUUCCUCAGUCCAUCUGUGGAGAGACAGUAGAUGGGGAGGUAAAGACUUAUGUGUAACUUAAAAAUAUUCUCAAAAUAUUUUUGUAACUCCACAUUAGAAUUAACAAAUUGUUGAAGUUUUUGUUUUGUUUUUGGUGUGCGAAUAGAAUUAAAAGUGAAAAAAACCUG